AUGGCAGCCAGCCCCUCCCUGGCCCCCUCCCCCCCGCCCGCCGGCCUCCACCGCAGCUGCACGGAGCCCACCACCCACCCGCCGGCGGCAGCCCACCUGCCGCCCCAGAGCCGCUGUGAGAGAACUGGGGAAGCUGGUGGGCGCAGGUCAGGGAGGGCUGAGGCUGAAGAGGAGCUGGCCGAGCUCCACACACUGGGCUCUCAGGAAUACGUGACCCCGCCAUCCAGCACACAGGGGAGAGGGACAGAAAAAGCGGGGCCCCUCCUCUGCCCUCACACGCCCCAGAGCCUCAGAUAGACGGGUCACUGUGCUCUCCCUGUGGUGGUGACUCCACCCUCCAGGCCUGAGAGGUGGCCUUCCGGGACACCAGAGCCCUGUCCAGACCUUUGCACACCCUGCAGGGACGCGGCUGCACAGUGGGGAGACGGGCCCAGCAGCAGCUUGGCAUCCAGUCCCUGGUUUUGGUUUUGCUUUCUGCUGAAGUUCAGAGAGCCUGUGACGCUUGCCCACCCUCAGACGGACACAGGAGGUGUCCUCAGGAGCCUCCCUGGCAAGGCUGAGCUCGGAACAGCCAAGUAAGGGUCGGGGGUCGGCAGUACGGGCUUCCCAGGGCUCACGUCUGCAGGGGGUGACGCCCCGCCGGUCGCAGGCUCUCUGGGGCCUGUCUGCUUGUUCCCUCCAGGCUCAGCCCCAGGUUCUACCUCCAACUGAAGCAUGAAUGGCCUCGAGGUGGCCUCCCCAGGUCUGAUGGCCAACUCCUCCCUGGCCCUGACGGAGCAAUGUGGCCAAGAGACGCCUCUGGAGAACGUCCUCUUCGCCUCCUUCUACCUUCUGGACUUCAUCCUGGCCUUUGUUGGCAACGCCCUGGCCCUGUGGCUCUUCGUCCGGGACCACAAGUCCGGCACCCCUGCCAACGUGUUCCUCAUGCACCUGGCCGUGGCCGACCUGUCCUGUGUGCUGGUCCUGCCCACCCGCCUCGUCUACCACUUCUCGGGGAACCACUGGCCAUUCGGGGAGAUCCCGUGCCGGCUCACCGGCUUCCUCUUCUACCUCAACAUGUACGCCAGCAUCUACUUCCUCACCUGCAUCAGCGCUGACCGCUUCCUGGCCAUCGUGCACCCUGUCAAGUCCCUCAAGCUCCGCAGGCCCCUCCACGCCCACCUGGCCUGCGCCUUCCUCUGGGUGGUGGUGGCCGUGGCCAUGGCCCCGCUGCUGGUGAGCCCACAGACGGUGCGCACCAACCACACCGUGGUCUGCCUGCAGCUGUACCGGGAGAAGGCCUCCCAGCAUGCCCUCGCGUCCCUGGCCGUGGCCUUCACCUUCCCGUUCGUCACCACGGUCACCUGCUACCUGCUGAUCAUCCGCAGCCUGCGGCAGGGCCCGCGCGUGGAGCGGCGCCUCAAGAACAAGGCGGUGCGCAUGAUCGCUGCGGUGCUGGCCAUCUUCCUGGUCUGCUUUGUGCCCUACCACGUCCACCGCUCCGUCUACGUGCUGCGCUACCGCGGCCACCGCACCUCGUGCGCCGCCCAGCGGGCGCUGGCGCUCGGCAACCGCAUCACCUCCUGCCUCACCAGCCUCAACGGCGCGCUCGACCCCGUCAUGUACUUCUUCGUGGCCGAGAAGUUCCGCGACGCCCUGUGCAGCCUGCUGUGCGGCAAGAGGCUCCAGGGGCCGCCCCCCAGCGCCGACGGCAAGACCAACGAGAGCUCGCUGAGCGCCAGGUCGGAGCUGUGA